CUCGCCGUAAUCAUGUCAGAAAAAUGAAUUGUUCGUGGGUUUAUCUUAUAGUCUGCGGACUGAUCGGUUUGCUGGCAUCUUGUCUGGUCAUUGGCCAGCAGAUCGAUACCAUUUGCCGGAUAGUUCAGCGACAUGGACUCGAAUGUCAAGUGCAUCGUGUGGUUACUGCAGAUGGCUAUCAAUUGACUAUAGAACGAAUACCAGUGUCGAGUAAUCAAAGUUGCGAUGCGGCCAGACGUCGUCCUUUUGUGCUUAUGCAUGGUUUAAUUGGCUCGGCGGGUGAUUUCGUGACAACCGGAAUGGGCCAGAGUCUGGCCUUUCGAUUGCAUCGGCAGUGCUUUGAUGUCUGGCUACCAAAUGCUCGGGGUACCACAUAUUCGCGUAGUCAUCGCUUAUUACAGACAAAUCAGGCAGCCUUUUGGCAUUUCAGUUGGCAUGAGAUUGGCAUAUAUGAUCUGCCAGCGAUAGUCGAUUAUGUUCUCGGCCAAACGGGGCACAGUCAAUUGCACUAUGUGGGCCAUUCGCAAGGGACGACAGUGCUAUUGGUUUUACUCUCACAGCGACCCGAAUAUAAUGUACGUUUUGCUAAUGUGGCUCUAAUGGCACCGGUGGCAUUCCUCAAGCAUUUGAGUAGUCCGCCAUUGCGUCUGCUGGCCAGCGAUAGUCGGGCGGUAACACUGCUGCUGAAUCAACUGGGUCUACAUGAGCUAUUACCAGCCACGGCUCUUACUCAGGUGGGUGGGCAAUAUUUCUGCUCCUCGUCCCUGCCCACCUAUGCCCUUUGCACACUCUUCACCUCGCUAUAUGUGGGCUUUAGUGACUAUCCGUUGGAUCGUAACAUCUUUCCACGCAUACUACAGACGACACCGGCGGGUAUUUCACGUCGCCAACUUCAGCAUUUUGGACAGCUCAUCAAUAGCGGCAACUUUCAACAGUAUGACUAUCGUUCGCCUAGGCUCAAUCAGUUACGUUACGGCCAGGUUGUACCACCCUCGUAUCAGUUGGGCAAUGUCCGCCUGCAGCGACUACAGAUCUUUUAUGGCACUCGUGAUGCACUUGCCAGUCAGGCAGAUGUACAACGAUUGGUACGGGAGUUAAGCACCAGCAACAGUCGCUCCAUCAGCCUCUAUCAGGUUCGAGGCUAUAAUCACAUUGACUUUCUGUUUGCCUCCACCGCACCCAAAAUUGUCUAUGACCGUAUUAUACAACAAGCCUGGCAAUUCGACACAGCCAUCCCAGCAGCAGGAGCAGCAGCUGGUCGUUAAGAAAGUCAGCCGGCGGAGAAGUUGCUAAAAUUUAAUUGAAACCUAAUUUAUUGCCAAUAGAUAAAUCUAUAUUAACAAAAGAUUGAAACAUUGGAAGUUACAUCAUUGGAAGGGACCAUCUCCAGCGAGAACCAUAUAGAAAAUAUAAUUUAUAUAGGAAUCGAAUUAUUAUUUCCUCAAGUCUCACUUCAUCAAGAGCUGAAAUUCGGUUUUAGGUUUACAUUUAUAUUUUGUAAUACAAGUUAAAAAAAAAAGAGAAAAAAGA